AUGGUUCUUGGUGGUGAUUUUCGACAAAUACUGCCUGUGAUUCCUAGGGGAACAAGACAAGAUAUUGUUGGAGCAAGCAUCAAUUCAUCUUAUCUCUGGCAAAAUUGUAAGGUUCUAAGAUUGACUAAGAAUUUGAGACUACAAAGAUUGGCAAAUGAUGACAGUGCUGAAGAUAUCAAUUCAUUUUCGAAGUGGAUAGCUGGUAUAGGUGAUGGUUUGAUUGGUGUGCCAAAUGAUGGGUGUGCAGUAAUAAAUAUUCCGGAACAAAAUGUAUUGCGGCCACAUGGAGAUUCGAUAUCAGCUAUAGUAAAUAGAACAUUCCCGGAAUUUUGCUCAGGUAAUUUUGAUAUGGAAUCUCUUAAUGGUCGAGCUAUUUUGGCUCCAACUUUGGAUUUAGUGCAUGAAAUCAAUGAUUACAUGAGUGGCUUGAAUCCGACAGCUAUUAGAACUUAUUUCAGUUCUGAUUCUAUUUGCGAAUCAGAUUCUGGUGUCGACACUUUAGCUGGUUUAUGUUGGUGA